AUACGAAGAUGAAAUCAACAGGCGCACGGCAGCAGAGAACGAGUUUGUGGUGCUCAAGAAGGAUGUGGAUGCUGCCUACAUGAACAAAGUGGAGCUGGAGGCCAAGGUGGAUGCGCUGACGGACGAGAUUAACUUCCUGAGGUCCCUCUACGAAGCGGAACUUCAAGAGCUGCAGGCCCAGAUCUCCGACACCUCUGUGGUGCUGUCCAUGGACAACAGCCGAAACCUGGACCUGGACAGCAUCAUCGCGGAGGUCAAAGCGCAGUACGAGGACAUCGCCAACCGGAGCCGGGCGGAGGCCGAGUCCUGGUACCAGAGCAAGUACGAGGCGCUGCAGGUCACCGCUGGGAAACACGGCGACGACCUGCGCAACACCAAGAACGAGAUCUCGGAGAUCAACCGCAUGAUCCAGCGGCUGCAGGGGGAGAUGGAAAGUGUGAAGGCUCAGCGUGCCAAGCUGGAGGCAGCCAUCGCUGAGGCUGAGGAACGCGGGGAGUUGGCUGUCAAAGAUGCCAAGGCCAAGCUGGAGGAGCUGGAGGCUGCUCUGCAGAAGGCCAAGCAGGACAUGGCCCGGCAGCUCCGCGAGUACCAGGAGCUGAUGAACGUCAAGCUGGCCCUGGACAUCGAGAUCGCGACCUACAGGAAGCUGCUGGAGGGCGAGGAGAGCAGGUUGGCUGGCGAUGGAGUUGGCAACGUCAACAUCUCCGUGGUCAGCUCCAGCGGUGGAGGUGGCUACGCCAGUUCCAGUGGAUUUUUGGGAGGAGGAGCCGGAGGAGGCCUUAGCCUGGGAGCGGGCAUGGGCAGCGGGGGGCUCGGCUUCUCCUCGGGGGGCAGCUCCAAGUCCUACACCAUCACCACCACCUCGUCCAGCAGGAGAAGCCUCAGGAAGUAA